UAUUUAAAUCUUCAUUGCCAAAAUAUAAAAACUCUGCAAAUUACACAGUCUAAAAUUCCUUCUCCAUUCUUCUCUGCAGAUUUUUCUUUUUUUUUGGGGAAAAUCAAGAAAACAGAGAUCUUGAAAACAAAAACAAAAAAAAAAUGGGAUGUUUUCUUGGAUGUUUUGGUUUUACAAACAAGAAACAAAAGCGUAUAAAGCCUUGUAACAAGUUUCAAGUGCAUCAAAAGUAUGUACCACUGGAUUCUGAGAAGGAAAUUGUUGUAGAUUUAGCAAAUUCUGAGCCCAGGGAUAAGCCAAAAGAAUCAUCAAAACGUAAGGUGAAAAAGAAAGUGAGUUUCAAUUUGGAUGUGAAGACUUAUGAGAGAAUACAAGAUGAUGAAAACAACACAACAUAUUUCUCAGAGGAAGAGGAGAAGACAAAUAAACAAGAAACAGCCAAAGCAAGUAUGUCUAUGUACCCUUCGAGUCAUCGAUACUAUAACUGCAACAAUAGUUACGAUGAGGAGGAAGACGAGAUAAUACUUGAGGACAGUGAUAUCGAUGAUCUAGAUGACGAUGAAGAAGAAGAAGACUAUGGUGUUAGUGAUGACGAUGAUGAUGAUGAUGGUGUUGGUGGUGAUGAAUCUGCAGAUUCUUUGCAUAUUGAAGCAGAAAACAAGUAUGGAAAUGUUGAAAAACUGAACACAGAUGAAUUGAAUGAAGUAAGUCGAAAUCAUAGGAGUUCUGUGCUUCUUCCAGUUGAAAAUCUCACUCAAUGGAAAGCAGUUAAAGCAAGAGGAGCACAACAAGUGAAGCAUCAGAAGGAAAACAUAAUCAAAUUGGAUGGAAAACCAGUAAACAGCCAUUGUGUGGACCUAAAUCCCAAAUACAACUCUAAGCCUAAGUCUAAGCUUCAAGGACAUGAUAUUUCAGUAGAUGCCAGCCUCUCUAACUGGAUGGUUUCAGCAAAAACAACAUCAGUAAAUGGAUCAGCUGUGUACUACAAUCAAGAUAGAGCUGCAGAUGAAGUCGUGCUUGAUGAAGUCAAUAUCAUAUAAACAGAGAAAGUGCAGUACCUAAAUACAUUUGGAUUGAUGUUUGUGUAAAGAAUUGAUUGUUUUUUUGCAUGAUUUAUGUGUGCAGUGUGUUGUAUUCUCUUCUCCGCGAGAGAAGAAAAGACAAUAAGAUUUUCAUCUGGGGAACCUGUAUUUGGUUGAUAGCAUAUCAUA